UUUGGGCUGUGCGUGAGACUGGCAGACUGAAGUGUGUCUGUUGUCACCGUUAUUCUUCUCUCAACUAACGCUUGACUCAGAACAGAAGAAGCUUGGUGGGGUGGGGGAGAAAAUGGAGCUGAAAAAGUUUGCAUCCCUUUUAAGUUGCACUUGUCUAAUUCUGUGCGUUACGUUCAAAGCUGUGACCGUUUACAACCUGGAUGUGGAAAGUCCCCUCACUGUUAAAGGACCAAAUAAGACAUUGUUCGGUUACUCGGUGGUGUUACACAGUCACAGAGACCAGAAAUGGUUUGUUGUUGGAGCUCCGAAAGCAAAUUCGUCUUUCGACAAUGGUGCAGUGAAUCCUGGCGUGAUUUACAAAUGUCCAAUCGCACCAAAUACUGAAAUACGUUGUGAAGAACUAAGUUUACUAGCUGAUCCUAAAAGGAACACCUCCUGUCAAAAUAAAUGUUUGGAAGAUAAAGAUGAUCAGUGGCUUGGUGUGAGCAUGGCCAGACAAAAAAAGAAAGAUGGUCAUAUUUUGGCCUGUGGACAUAGGUGGAAAAAUGCAUACCACUCAAAAGAAGAUAUAUUACCAUAUGGCGUGUGUUUUAUAAUUUCUUCUAAUUUGCAACCGACACAAAAUUCACCACUGAUUCCAUGUGAUAAGGGACUGAAAACCAAUUUCAGAAUUGGGGAGGAUCAUACUGCUUGUCAGGCUGGCAUCUCCAGCUUUAUGACUGAGGAUUCAAUUGUAAUUGGGGCUCCAGGAUCACAUUCAGCGACUGGAACUGUCUUCAUGAAACAGGAAGGAGCACUUAUCAGCAACUUUGAACAGGUUGACAGUUCUACUGUUAAAAGGGGAAGCUAUCUCGGUUAUGCUGUUAGUGCUGGACAUUUUGUUUAUCGAAACAGCACAGAUGUUGUGGGCGGAGCACCCCAACAGGAUCAGACUGGUCGAGUUUACAUUUUCGACACUAAAGAUGCAGAAAAAUGGAUAAUAAAGUUCAUAGGCAAGGGUAAAAUGCUUGGCUCCUAUUUUGGUGCCUCAGUUUGCGCUGUCGAUCUCAACUCAGAUGGCCUCUCUGACCUAUUGGUCGGAGCCCCAAUGUACAGCACUGUCCGAGAAGAAGGAAGAGUGUAUGUGUAUCUCAACACAGGAUUGGCAAAGAUGAAGGAGCUAAAGAUGGAGUUAGUUGGAGGAAAUUCCUAUGCAGCAAGGUUCGGAGAUGUGAUUGUUGACAUUGGAGAUAUAGAUGCUGAUGGAUUUCCAGAUGUAGCAAUUGGAGCACCCCAGGAAGAUGAUAAGCAUGGUUCUAUUUAUAUCUACAACGGCAGAGAAAGAGGAAUCUCGUCAAUCUUCUCUCAACGCAUCAAUGGAUAUCGGAUUAGGAAUAACUUGUUCGGUUUUGGCCAAUCAAUAUCUGGAGGUAUUGAUGUGGACGGCAACGCUUUUUCAGAUGUAGCAGUUGGUGCCUUCAUGUCUGAUACCGUUGUGUUGCUUAGGAGCAGACCAGUCGUGAUUCUUGAAGCUUCCCUGCUAUUGCCUCCUUCAAUCAAACGCACAAAACGCGAAUGCACUGAGUACGGGAAGCCAGCUGUGUGCAUCAACGUUACACUCUGUUUUCAUAGCACAGGAAAGGAGAUUUCCGGCCAUAUCGCUUUGCAGUAUAACUUACACGUGGAUGUCCUUACAAAGACUGGCUUUCCUUCUCGAUUUCAUGCAAUAUCCAAAACCUUCAAUGGUACUUCAGAACUGAUUGAAAUCUAUCAUAAUAUUGCUAAAUGUAAGACCCAUCAAGCAAUUCUGAAGGGAACAGUACGAGAUCUCAGAACGCCAGUGCAAUUUGAGAUGGAGUAUUUCUUAGGCAAACAUUUCAUGAAGAACGAGUCUAAGGAUACUUUUUCUCCACUUCAGCCUGUUCUUCAGCAGAAGGAAGGCGAAAGCAACAUCGUCAGAAAUAAGACUUAUUUUGAGCGAUAUUGUGCAUUUCAAGACUGUGCCGCUAACUUGAAUGUUUCUGCGGUAAUAAUACUGAAAGGGGACCAUGUGAACAAAUCUUAUCUGCCAGUUCAGGAUGCGAAGAUAAUCAUACUGAAUGUAUCUUUAUUCAAUGCAGGGGAUGAUGCAUAUUCUAGUUUCCUUUAUGUUCAAUUCCCAAACAUUUUGUACUUUAUCAAAGUGGUUGAAGUGGAGGAGAAUCAAAUACAUUGUGAACUGAUAACAGGACAUCCAACAACAGCACUGAACUGCAGUGUUGGACACGUAUAUGUUGACGCUCUAUCAAGGGUAGGAGUUACUUUCCUUCUGGAUGCCAGCAGGAUUAUCAGCGCACAGGAAAAUAUAGCCAUCAGCGUUAACGCAACCUGUGAAAAUGAACAGCAUCUGGAUUUACUCAAUGACAAUUUUAUCACUCUUGUUUUACCAUUAAAAUAUGAGGUUAAUCUUCAGGUCUAUGGAUUUGGGUUCCCUUCUCAUUUUUACUAUGGGGGAGAUGAAGAGGACAAGCAGGGAAUCACAAAUUUCUAUGGUACAUCUUGCCCAUACAAGCUUAUCAACUUUUCAUACCAAGUCAUCAAUAUGGGGAACAGUAAAGCUCCAAGCACUGAACUGCACAUUAAGAUGCCCAACACCUUGAACUCAGAUGGAUUAAAACUGUUUGAAGUUUAUGACAUAAAGUCCAGUGAUGGAAAGUGCCAGUUUAGUAAUCAUUCUGAAGGCUGCAAUGGACCCGAAAUGAUACUUUAUCAAGUUUAUAAAUUUGUGUGGAGGACUUCGAGAAAACCAGUGUCUUGUUCAAGCCAUGGCAUUUCCUGUUUAACAAUUAUAUGCCAUCUCGGAGAUAUUGAAAGCCGAAAAACAGUCGAUGUUCAUUUUGUCACAAAGCUCAAUUCUCGUGUUCUGGAGAUGGACAGUGCUUCCGAUACUCAGCUUUUUAUUGAGGCUGUAGCAUCAACAAACGAUUUUAAAGUAAUUGAAAAUAUAUCAGCCCAGACUGCAACUAUUAUCUUGAAUGCACUGCAAAGUCUUCAGCCGAGAAAAUAUGUCCUAUAUAUGAUUGUAGGAAUGAGUUGCAUCCUGGGCAUUAUUCUGCUUUUUCUAUUUAUACAUUGUUUGCAGAAGUUUGGAUUCUUUAAACGACCGAAAAGAAAUUGGGCUCGGAAAUCAAGUUGGAAGUAUACUGAUAAACAAACCAAUUGUGAUGACGAUGAACAAAUCGAUUGUGAUGACGAUGAACAAACCAAUUCUGAUGACCAUGAACAAAUCAAUUCUUUUGAAGAGUGUGAUUUGUUCAUAAAUGUGAUUGCUGAAUUCUCUUCAAGUCUGGCUUCCAGACAGUCUAUAGACCAGUCAUCGUGCUCAUCAAGAACCAGAAUUUCAAGAGUGACUUCAGGAACCAGGCAAUGAAUUCCACCACUUUCAGAAAAUUGUUCGUUUGACCUCUUAUAUUUUAGCCAUUUUGUGGAAGGUAUGAUUCUGAAAUCAGUGUUGCUGUGUUAUACUUUGCUGUGUUCCUUCAGUGCAAUAUAAAUAUGUGAUUAAGUAUUUUAUUGAUAAAUAUGCAACUUAUUAAAGAAUACAAAAAAAUUACAUAUUCUUUAAAGUGUUACAU